AUGACAUCUGUGCAUUCUCAGCCUGCUAUAGUAGAAGAGCUGGGGAGUUUUGGAGCAGAGGUGUAUACAUGUUCCCGUAGCCAAAAUGAUUUGGAUGAGUGCUUAGACAAAUGGAGAAGUAAAGGCUUUAAAGUAUCAGGAUCUGUAUGUGAUGUGUCAUCAACAUCUCAACGACAAAAGCUUAUUGAAUCCGUCACUAGUCGUUUCAAUGGAAAGCUCAAUAUACUUGUAUACAAUGCAGGUACAACAAUACCAAAAGAAGCCACAAAUGUAACUGCCGAAGAUUAUUCAAUCAUAAUGGGUACCAAUUUUGAGGCUUCGUACAACCUGUGUCAACUUGCUCACCCCUUGUUAAAGGCUUCUGGAAAUGCAAGCAUAAUCUUUAAUUCUUCUGUUGCUGGGGUGAUUGCAAUACCCCUCUCAUCUAUCUAUGCCGCAUCUAAAGGUGCAAUCAACCAAGUGACAAAAAGCUUGGCUUGUGAGUGGGCGAAGGACAAUAUUCGCGUUAAUGCUGUUGCGCCAUGGAUCAUCAAUACUUCUAUCAUUGAAGUAGCAUGCCAAGUCCCUAGUCAAAAGGAAAGUAUAGAAAACUUAAUUGGUCGGACACCAAUGAAGCGAGCAGGAGAGCCGAGUGAAGUUUCGACACUGGUGACAUAUCUAUGCCUUCCAACUGCUUCUUAUAUUACUGGUCAGAUUAUCUGCGUAGAUGGUGGAUUCACAGUUAAUGGUUUCGUGUAAUUGUAAUACUCGUAACAAUGAACGUAUUUUGUAUCUUCUUUUAUCUAUUUUGGAGCACUUUUUAAUACUGUAAUUGGCAUUUUACAUUAUAUAUCAUAUAUGGCAAC